UCUUUCGUAACAUAUCGCGCGCAUACACUCAGCCACCUUACGAUGACACGGGCAUUUUUGAAACGAAAAGCACACCUCUCAUCUGUUGUGUAGCAGCGCUGUGGCUGGCUACUGGAGUUGGAUCCUUACAACCAGUAUGCUUCGUCGGUGGCUGUAUCACUAUGAGCUUAAUAAUGCCAUCGUUCGUCUGGUGACACUGAUCGUUAUUAACUGGUCGAUUUCCGCUUUCAUCAGCUCGUACUAUGGUGCGGAUCAACCCAUCUGGAAAUGGAUGACGAUUUGUUUCGUCCUUUUGGUCUCCAAUGUUUUGAAGAUCUUGUUAGCCUCUUCGCCUAAAUAUCACCGAGAAUCGUCCCACGAAAUGCCGCGCAUCAAUCAUAAAUCCACCGUGGUUCGAAUUCUUGUCCUUCCUUUGUCGAUUGUCAUAUUUUGCACCAUGUUCGCCAGUCUGUAUCAGGUCAGCACCCUUCGAUCUCGAUCCAUCGAUUUGCUGGAAAUGCGAUCACAACUUCCUGCGGCUCCCAAACACCCCGAUUUGGCAGAGGCCGACGUUCGCGUGAUGGUGUUUGUUUUAUCGGCUUGGACUCCCAAGAGUUUGGAGAAGCGUAAAACGUUCCGUGAUACGACAUUGAAACUUCAGCCAGCCGAUAAUGCCAAGAUGUCCUUCUUUUACCGCUUUAUUCUCGGUGAACCACCAUCCGAGGCCGUGAAAGCCGCUAUGGGACCAAAGAUUGCCAAAGAACGAGAAAAAUAUGGUGAUAUCUUGAUCCUGGAUUCGUCCGAUUUAUACAAUGACCUGAGCAAAAAGGUGUACCGCACCAUGGUGUGGGCCGACCAGUACGACUUUGAUUAUUUUAUCAAGACGGACGAUGAUAUCUUUGUACGCUGGGACACGAUCAGCAAGGAACUGCAACAACUGGGACGCAAGACACGGUACUGGCGUGGAUUGGCGUAUUGGAAUAUUCCACCUAUUCGUAGUGAGGACAACAAAAAUGCGGAACUCGAAUAUCCUCUUCCCAUUUUCCCUCCUUACACGGCUGGUGCUCUUUACAUCCUUUCCCGCGAUGUGAUCCAUCUCAUUGCCGGCGCCGGUGGACCGCGCAUGUUUGUUCGAAACGAAGAUCAAAAUUUGGGGAUUUGGUUAUUCGCGUAUAAUAUCUUACCUAUUCAUGAUCGCCGGAUACAACAGAUCAACGCGUGUGAAGAGGAUAUGAUUGCGAAGCAUUUUGGUGAUUUUGGUGAUCCCAACGCCAUUGGUGGCACCAUGUACGACAUGAUUGAAAAUUUACAAAAAGGUCGACGCAUGUGCCAUGGAUUUCAAACUCACGUAUGCGGAUUGUGCUACCCGUGCCACAACAAGGGCAAUCAUUGGAAGGAGUGGAAUUUCGAUUGUGACAACAAGAAAGGGGUCACUCUUUUGAACCCUCCGUCAUUAACCAUUGUUGAAUAAGCUUGUCACUUGGGUCGCAUUGGCUUUGCUCAGCUUUUUUUUCUGUUUCUUAUUAUUUCACUUUUUUUGUUGUCAUUUAGGAUUCGUUUGGUUUACCGUGUAUUAUAUAUGUCAGCAUUUUAUAUUCCCUUUUUGAAGUUGUAGAAACAAAGCAUUAUUUAUUU